GAUGAGUGUUCUCAGGAUGAGAGCGGAGCGGCGGCCAUCUUUGCCACCCAGCUGGAUGACUUCCUGGGCGGAGGGCCGGUCCAGUUCAGAGAGGUCCAGAACAACGAGUCCAUCACCUUCUUGGGCUACUUCAAGUCUGGCAUCAAGUACAAGGUCAGCUUCUUCUGCUAAAAGCUGAAAGAUGUGGAGUGGGAAGUGAUUAGUUUUUUCUUCCAAUUUAGGGUCCACUAAUGACACUUUGAAUGAGAGCAGUGGGUUAGUUCAGGGUUUCCCAAACUCGGUCCUGGGGCACCCCCUGGGUGCACGUUUAGGUUUUUAACACUACACAGCUGAUUCAAAUAACCAACUCAUCAUCAAGCUGUGAUUAUUUAAAUCAGCUGUGUAGUUCUAGGUGGGGGGGCAGAACCGAGUUUGGGAAACACUGGGUUAGUUGAUGGUAAGGAAGUGGUUUAUUGUGCAUUAGAAAGGUAAGGGUUAGGGCAAGAGGGGUUGGUCGUAGCAACCUGCAACACAGCUCUGUUACAAUCGCUCCUGUUUGGGGCAAUGCGUUAGGCAAUAGGAAGGAAUACUCUAUCAGUAUAAGGUCAGAAGUGUUAAGUCGUCAUUAUUAUUGAUCCAAAAAUAAGAUUGAAUAUAACAGGUGGAUAGAAAAACUGGAUACGGUUUGGACUUCACUGGGAUGUCACUAAUGAUUAAAGCACUGGUUUAAUCAUUAGCGACAUCCCAUGAACUUUGACAUGAAGUGAAUGAGUCUGAAGUUCAUAGACAUUAACAUAUAUUCCCCUUAGCCUCUGUCAUGUUUACAUCCAAAGGCGUGACAGCCACUGUAGUCACUGCAACCAGCAUGUCAACGGCAGCCAGUUUGAAAUCCCUAUAAAUACAACAACCGUGGGGUUUGAGAGUUUUUCCCGUUGUUGUUCCUCGCACCGUCUGUUUUAUGUUUCCAGAAAAGCCUCAGACCUUGGUUUAGAUGACAGUAAUUAACCCAGUUCUGUUUACCAUUUUGAAAUGUUUGGUGUGUGGAAACUCUUCCUUUUACUUUAGAGUUACACACGGUGUCUUUGAGAGAGAAAAAUAGAGAGAGAGAGGGAGAGAGUGAAAGAAAGAGAUGUGGGUUAUGAGGGAGAGGUAAGAGGUGAAAAGGGUAAGAUGGGAGAGAGACUUUUGUCAUACUUUAAUGAGAAAUCCUCAUUACACUAAAACACCACAUUUACCCCCCCCCCACCCCACCCCAAAACACACACGCCGAUAAAAAAGCAUCUGGAUAGUGAGAAAAAGAGAGAGGGGGAGAGAGAGAGAGAGAGAGAGGGUAAGAGGGAGAAAGAGUGAGGGGAGAGAAAAGAGGUAGAGGGGAACAGAGGACCAAAGCUAGGGCUCCUUAUCUGAAGCCUUUGUUACCCUGCAGACAUAAAACAUUCUUUCCAUGAAAAUAAACACGGCUACUUCUCUGCCACGGAAAGUUCUCCGUCUUUCUCAGGACAACUCUCUUCCUCAGAGUAGAUCUGUUUAUCAUUUGGGGAAUUUGAAUAACCACAUAACAUGGGAACACACUUUGUAUGCACUUGAGAGGAAAAGCAAAACCAAGAAUUGCUAAUGUGGGAAACCCUUUUGUCCCCAAACCAAUGGACAAUUGUUUGAGUUAAAUUGUAGUUUGGACAGUGAUAUCUAUGGUUUGCAAACGGAAAUCUAGUUUCGUAUUCAGAUCGGGCAAUGUUGCCGCUAUCACCAUUUUGGAUUUUUUAUCAUGAUUAAAUAUUUUCCUCUAACCUCCAUAUGCAUGUUUUUGUGUGGCGGUUUACCAGGAAGGCUCAGAUGACAGCACAUUAAGGUAGAAAUCUGUAGUGUAGAACAGACAUUAUUCUCUGUCUUGUCGAAUAGGGAAUCAUGCAAGUUCUAUGUAAUACAUUUUAAGCUGCAAGGUUUCAAACAUUGCGCACCACCGAACAAGCCUCUGAGCUCAUCUUUAAUCUUUGACCUCAUUUGACCCCUCCCAUCACAGCAAGGGGGCGUGGCUUCAGGCUUCCAGCACGUUGUGACCAAUGACAUGAGCGUGAAGCGCCUGUUGCACAUCAAGGGGAGGCGGACCAUCCGAGCCACGGAGGUGGCCCUGUCCUGGGCCAGCUUCAACCAGGGAGACUGCUUCAUCGUGGACCUGGGCAAGGUAGAACUUUACACUACAGUACAGCCUAGGUGAAAUAUAGAUCUGGCCUGUGUAUAUGUAGGCUACAGUAUUGGAAAACUGUAAACUGGAAUCUGGGCUACGAGCUAAGUAACAUGAAAACGUAUAGGUGCAGUAUCUCACAUCUUUUAAUCAUGCAUUGACGCCAAUGGAAUAUUUGCAUAAAAUGUCAAGCUAUGCAUCUCAAGUUAGGAUUUGGCACUAAAAGCUUGAAGGGCUUUUGGCUACGUAACAUGAAAAGUAAAAAUUAUAUACACCAGAAAUCACCCAGCUGGAAUGGAAUAUCAAUACACGUAUAGAGCCCUUAGUCACCAAACGGAUAGUACACAUAUUUAGCCCUUAGUCACCAAACUGACAUUAAUAUCUGUAAGUAAGUGUUACCACUGGAAACCUAAACCCUUUAUUUAUUUAUUUGUAUUUCUCCAUCUCUUCUUCAGGAUAUCUACCAGUGGUGUGGCAGUGAGAGUAACCGCUUUGAGCGUCUGAAGGCCUCCCAGGUGGCCAUUGACAUCAGGGACAAUGAAAGGAACGGCAGGGCCAAGCUCCAGAUGGUGGAGGACGGGGCUGAGCCACAGGAACUCACUGAGGUGAGGGAUAGGGACACACACACACACACACGGUUGGUGCCGUUUAAAGAGAACAAUAAAAAUGUUAUGAGCAUUUAGGGCCUUAUAUCUAUUACAGCAUAUUAGAUGACUGUCUUUCAUAUUCCAUUCACCCAGUUCAAUGUAACAUCGAUAGGUUUAGGCUACUACAUGAUACUGUGGUCUCCCGAGUGGCGCAGUGGUCUAAGGCACUGCAUCGCAGUGCUAGCUGUGCCACUAGAGAUCCUGGUUCGAAUCCAGGCUCUGCUGUAGCCGGCCGCAACCGGGAGACCUAUGGGGCGGCGCACAAUUGGUCCAGGGUAGGGGAGGGAAUGGCCGGCAGGGAGGUAGCUCAGUUGGUAGAGCAUGGCGUUUGCAACGCCAGGGUUGUGGGUUCGAUUCCCAUGGGGUAUGAAAAUUAAAAAGAAUAAUGUAAAUGUAAGUCGCUCUGGAUAAGAGCGUCUGCUAAAUGACGUAAAUGUAAUGUAAAUGUAAUACUGGAAUUUGUCCUAUACCCAUUAUGAGGUUGCUACAGCCUACAAAUUAAAGUUUAUAGCUUAGGUACACAGGUCGAGAGACAUAUUGGAGUAAUCAAGGUUACAGACAGUGACACAUUCAAUACCGCCUUGCACACUUUUGCCUGCAUCUAGCUGAUCUGAGGUGAAAUCAGUAGUCCAAAAUGUUCCAUUUUGCAUCUAAAAAAAGAGUUUCUAGCAUUCGUCUCGUUUUGAGUCAGGUUAACCACAAAAUCUAACCUUAACCCUAAACCUAACCCUACCUCCUAACCCCAGAGGCGGGACCAAUCACUAUUAUUCAAGUCACAAGCAAGUCUCAAGUCACAAGGUCCGAGUCACAAGUUUAGUCCCAAGUAGAACGAGUCAAGUCGUGCAUUCUAAGAGCAAGUCAAGUCGAGUCACAAGUUUUCAAGUCAAGUCUCAAGACAAGUAAAAAUAAAGUCUAUACAUGCAACGACUUGUUAAACUACAAAUGUGUCUAUUUGAGGCUACCAGACAGCCUGUUUCAUUCUUUUGUCUACAACACAUUUUGAUUAGCCUAUGUAAUUGUAAAAUAGGGACCUUGUAGCAGUCGCAUGAAAUCAGCAGAAGGCAAGGUAGGCUGAGGUGCUCAGAGUGUAGAUUUAUUUACAGGUCUUUGUGCUCCAAUGGUGAAAGCGCCAUAUCACACAAAAUAUACAAGUAGAUUUACCAAAUAUACAUGGGCAAUAGCCCUAAAGAAAUAGCCUCUGUAUCAUGCUUAACCUGUCCUAUCUUAACGGACACAGGUAGAGGGCAAGACUGUACAGCCUCCCCUUGAGAAAACAAAUGUAAUCUGUCUAACAGGCGCUCAAACAGGUAGGCCUACAUAAUAUAAGCACUUGGCCCCCAGGACCAUUUGGCAAUUACAACCAAUAAACUGGUUCUACAAUGUAAAAGGCAAUUUACACAUCCAUUGUUACAUUGGUAAGUUACAUGGAUGAGAUUUCAACACCAUGCAUACAUGGAACAAUCAUUUUAUCUUAUUCAACGUUCUGACUCCAAAGCGCUCUACACGUAUGCUCCUAUUACGCAGAACAAAAAUGACAGACGUUGGACACAGACACACGGAACUCCGACAUAACCCAGGAAGUAUGAAGAAAGGAAACCAUACAUUGAAUUAAAUAAACAGAACCUCUUCCUCAUGAGUUUUGCGACUGUCCAUCUGCUCUAUAAACAUCACGCCCACUCAGAGCAGGAUAAGAAAUGGUUGGCUAAAUGAAAAUGUGUCGUAGGCCUAUCAAACAUGAAACAGAAAUGUCUACGUGUUGCAAAAAAACGGUACGGGAUGGAAUGAUGAAACACUAUUAAUUAUUUUAGUAUGAAAUGGAAUAUAGAUUUACCACAUAGGGCCUGUGCAUUUAAACGUGUGAUAACAACAGCAAACAUUUCAACAAGAGAAAAAAAAGCACCCUCCACUGGCAGGAGUUCGGAGAGCGUGAGUGAAGAGUCUUGGCCAUAGUAAUAAUACAUUUUAACAACAAAUGAAUGCAAGCUUCAUAAGUAAAUGAUCAAUUUCAAGCAAUUGUUACAUACCAAAAGACCAGUAGGCAUAUGCUAGUAAUUGAUGCCCCAUUGCUGGUGAGCUUGCAAAGUAAACCGUUUUGGAGCUGCAUAUUUAUUUAUUAUGCCAAUCCUCUCUCGCGACAAUUUGAUGUUUGCGCGGCAACCGAUCCUAUAGCCGUACAGCAAAUCAGCAAUCUGUUCGCCAGCUCACCCGACCUGUGUUGAUUGACAGUUUGCUGGUGCAAUCAGAGUGCCAAGUGUGCGUUUCACUAGCCAAUCUGUUCCAAUUUGCAUGUUUUUUUUUUAUUACAAGGGCGAUUCUGCGGCUACUGUCUCUGGCUGCGUGGAGACUCUAUGCCACAAAAUGAAUGACAAAACAUUACAAAACCUGGCCAGAUAAUUGUAAGUCAUCAAUCUCAAUUCAAAAUCAAGUCCCAAGUCUUGAUGCUCCAAGUCCAAAUCAAGUCUCAAGUUAUUUUAUUUUCUAUCAAUUCGAGUCUCAAGUCAUCAAAUUUGUGACUCAAUUCAGACUCAAGUCCAAGUCAUGUAACUCGAGUCCACAACUCUGCCAAACCCUAAACCUAAUUCUAACACUAAUUCUAACCUUAACCCUAAACCCCAACCCUAAACCCCCUAGAAAUAGCAUUUUUUAUUUUAUUUUUUAUUUUAUUUCACCUUUAUUUAACCAGGUAAGCCAGUUGAGAAUAAGUUCUCAUUUACAACUGCGACCUGGCCAAGAUAAAGCAAAGCAGUGCGAUAAAAACAACAACAACACAGAGUUACAUAUGGAAUAAACAAAAACAAAACAUACAGUCAAUAACACAAUAGAAAAUCUAUAUACAGUGUGUGCAAAUGUAGUAAGUUAUGGAGGUAAGGCAAUAAAUAGGCCAUAGUGCAAAAUAAUUACAAUUUAGUAUUAACACUGGAGUGAUAGAUAUGCAGAAGAUGAUUUGCAAAUAGAGAUACUGGGGUGCAAAUGAGCAAAAUAAAUAACAAUGUAAAUAACAAUAUGGGGAUGAGGUAGUUGGGUGGGCUAAUUACAGAUGGGCUGUGUACAGGUGCAGUGAUCGGUAAGCUGCUCUGACAACUGAUGCUUAAAGUUAAUGAGGGAGAUAAGUGUCUCCAGCUUCAGAGAUUUUUGUAGUUCGUUCCAGUCAUUUGCAGCAGAGAACUGGAAGGAAUGGCGGCCAAAGGAGAUGUUGGCUUUGGGGAUGACCAGUGAGAUAUACCUGCUGGAGUGCAUACUACGGGUGGGUGUUGCUAUGGUGACCAAUGAGCUAAGAUAAGGCGGGGAUUUGCCUAGAAGUGAUUUAUAGAUGACCUGGAGCCAGUGGGUUUGGCGACAAAUAUGUAGUGAGGGCCAGCCAACGAGAGCGUACAGGUCACAAUGGUGGGUAGUAUAUAGGGCUUUGGUAACAAAACAGAUGGCACUGUGAUAGACUACAUCCAAUUUGCUGAGUUGAGUGUUGGAAGCUAUUUUGUAAAUGACAUCGCCGAAGUCAAGGAUCGGUAGGAUAGUCAGUUUUACGAGGGCAUGUUUAGCAGCAUGAGUGAAGGAGGCUUUGUUGCGAAACAGGAAGCCGAUUCUAGAUUUAACUUUGGAUUGGAGAUGCUUAAUGUGAGUCUGGAAGGAGAGUUUACGGUCUAACCAGACACCUAGGUAUUUGUAGUUGUCCACAUAUUCUAAGUCAGACCCGUCGAGAGAGGCGGGCGGGUGCAAGCAGCGUUCGAUUGAAGAGCAUGCAUUUAGUUUGACCUUGUGGGGACAGUUGCUCCCCAGUUGGUCAAAUUUGUGUUUGUUUACUAUUCUUGUGGGGACUUCUGGUCACCAGAAGUAUAGUUAAACAAGUCCACACACACACACACACACACACACAUACACACACACACACACACCCAAGCAAAUCACUCAUACUUACACACCUACUGUAUCCAAAUAACAUUCAAAUAUUCCAUCAUUGGAAGUGACGAUGAUACCAUAUCAUAAAAUGGUGCUAUACAUUGCUGAGGAGUUUCCUGGACAUUGAAAUACCCCUUACCGUGGGAAUAUACUGUAUAUGGGCACAAAAGCUUUGUGCUAUGUGUCAUUUCUGUGCCAGCUCUGUGCCAUAGCCUUUUGCAAAACUAGGCCAAGAUUGUGGCAAUGGCUCUAAACAGUGUAAUGAGAAAGAAAGAGGGAGAGACUGGCCUUGCUCUGUCUCUGUAUGAAGCUAAUCCUCCAUUUUGGAUCUGUCCUAGGCUCUGGGGCCCAAACCCAGUAUCCCCCCUGGCACCCCUGAUGAUGACAAGGUGGACACCUCCAACAGGAAGAAGGGUGCCCUCUACAUGGUAACGGAUGUUACUGCACCUUUGUUGUUCAGUAUCAGCGUCAUGAUUUGUAAUUGUUGUUCCUAUUUCAUUGUUCUCUUCUCUUGAUAAUGGUGUUGUCCAGCUCAGUGCUCGCACAUUGUUGAUCUCUCAAGUUCCUUCACAUGCAUUGUGAAUCUAUGACGUUAUGUAUUCAUUUUAUUUAGCAUAUUAUUUAAGGAUCCAUUUAAGAAAAAACAAUUAUUUUUCAAGGGAGUACUGUCAAUAUAUGUACAGUAUAAAUGUAUGUAUUUAUUGGUAUCUAAUCUCUGUGUAUUUUGUAGAUCUCCGAUGCCUCUGGCUCUAUGAAGUCGUCGGAGGUGGCCUUGUCCAGCCCCUUCAAACAGGCCAUGCUGACCGCCGAGGAGUGCUACAUCCUGGACAACGGAGUGGACAAGAACGUCUUUGUAUGGAAAGGUAGACUAGUCCUCUCCACUGUUUUUUAAACGUUGGCCAGGAUAUCAAAUGUUAUCUAUGCAACACAUUUCUUAAAUAUAAUGCAGUUCAAAGUGAUUCAUAUAUAAAAAACUAAAAAACUAUUUUCUACUUCUACUGUGUAGGCUAGUGCAAGAUUCAGAAUGAGAAGUCAAGGAAAUGUUCCCUAAAUUGCUGUGUACAGCUGUGAGUUUUUAGAGUUUUGUUGAGUUGUGCUGAUGAUUAAUCAACUCUAUCUUACCUCCAUCACAGGACCCAAGGCCAACGCAGCCGAGCGAAAAGCAGCCAUGUCAGCAGCCCAGCAGUUCAUCAAAGAGAAGGGCUACUCCAAUAAGACACAGGUACACUGAUGGAAUAACGUGAAGUUGAAAACAUUUCGACCGUUGCUCAGGCACUACUCAGGCACUACUCAGGCACUACUCAGGUCUUGCUCAGGCACUACUAGGCAAUGUUUAAAAUGUUGUUAGCUAUGUCCACUUAAAAAAAAAAAAAGUCACUUAAAAUGUUGAACAAUAAUUAAUUGAAAACAAAUAUUGGUAGUGAACUAGUCUCACAUAACCAUACUUCUAAGUUUAGAUUAUCAAUCAGCUAUUGGAAUGCAUGUGAGAGGAAAUCGAGGUUCGUGGUAAACAAGAGAACUGACUCUUACUUUUUCUUUGGCCGUGCAGAUCCAGGUACUGCCAGCAGGAGGCGAGACCACUCUGUUCAAGCAGUUCUUCAGUGACUGGAAGGACAAGGACCAGACCACGGGCCCCAGUAAGGCCUACAGCAUCGGCCGCAUCGCCAAGGUGGAGCAGGUGCCCUUCGACGCCUCCACCCUCCACUCCAACAACAACAUGGCUGCCCAGCACAACAUGGUGGACGACGGCAAGGGCAAAGUCCAGGUAAAACACACAACACUGGACUACAAUGGAAAUAACUAAGUCAGGGUUCUCAAACUCAUUUUGCGCAGGCUCUGUCUGUUUAUCUUUACAAAGACAACCACGGGCCACACUAAAUUGGCUAGGGGACCAGAUGUAGCCCACUGCCCGUAUGUUUCAGACCCCUGAACUAAGUCUUUGGACGUAACUUUUUUUUCCUCUUAAAUUUGGUAUUUAUAAAAAAAAAAAUAUAUAUAUAUAUACACAUUUGGUAAAGUCCAGGGCCUGGUUUCCUGAUAGCGAUGGAAUUUAGGCUUACGAGUGUUUUUAACUAUGUAUCGUUCCUACAACAGGCGGAGAUGUUACAUGUGUUUCCCAAUAAAUCACACAGAGAGAAAUGUCGCUAAGUGUGUAGUUGAAUCAUACUGAUAGGUUCGAAAGAAAGGCAGCGCUGCUCUCGGAUCAGCUUUCUCCAUUCAAAUCUUACCUUAACAUUAGAUUUAUUUCACAAUACUGAUGACGGAUCAGUUCCUAGAGAGAUAUUACCACCUAUUGCUGCAAAUAUUGAGGCGACUUCUCUAAUUCUUAUCCAAUAAAAAUGCACCAUUACAUUUACAUUUUACAUUUUCGUCAUUUAGCAGACGCUCUUAUCCAGAGCGACUUACAAAUUGGUGCAUUCACCCUAUGAUAGCCAGUGGGACAACCACUUUACAAUAUUAUUUAUUUUAAUUUUUUUCUCUUUGGGGUGGGGUAAGGGGGGGUAGAAGGAUUACUUUAUCCUAUCCCAGGAAUUCCUUAAAGAGGUGGGGUUUCAAGUGUCUCCGGAAGGUGGUGAGUGACUCCGCUGUCCUGGCGUCGUGAGGGAGCUUGUUCCACCAUUGGGGUGCCAGAGCAGCGAACAGUUUUGACUGGGCUGAGUGGGAACUGUGCUUCCGCAGAGGUAGGGGGGCCAGCAGGCCAGAGGUGGAUGAACGCAAUGCCCUCGUUUGGGUGUAGGGACUGAUCAGAGCCUGAAGGUACGGUGGUGCCGUUCCCCUCACAGCUCCGUAGGCAAGCACCAUGGUCUUGUAGCAGAUGCGAGCUUCAACUGGAAGCCAGUGGAGUGUGCGGAGGAGCGGGGUGACGUGAGAGAACUUGGGAAGGUUGAACACCAGACGGGCUGUAGCGUUCUGGAUAAGUUGUAGGGAUUUAAUGGCACAGGCAGGGAGCCCAGCCAACAGCGAGUUGCAGUAAUCCAGACGGGAGAUGACAAGUGCCUGGAUUAGGACCUGUGCAGCUUCCUGUGUAAGGCAGGGUCGUACUCUGCGAAUGUUGUAGAGCAUGAACCUACAGGAUCGGGUCACCGCCUUGAUGUUAGCGGAGAAUGACAGGGUGUUGUCCAGGGUCACGCCAAGGCUCUUUGCACUCUGGGAGGAGGACACAACGGAGUUGUCAACCGUGAUGGCGAGAUCAUGGAACGGGCAGUCCUUCCCCGGGAGGAAGAGCAGCUCCGUCUUGCUGAGGUUCAGCUUGAGGUGGUGAUCCGUCAUCCACACUGAUAUGUCUGCCAGACAUGCAGAGAUGCGAUUCGCCACCUGGUUAUCAGAAGGGGGAAAGGAGAAGAUUAAUUGUGUGUCGUCUGCGUAGCAAUGAUAGGAGAGGCAAUGUGAGGAUAUGACAGAGCCAAGUGACUUGGUGUGUAGCGAGAAUAGGAGAGGGCCUAGAACUGAGCCCUGGGGGACACCAGUGGUGAGAGCACGUGGUGCGGAGACAGAUUCUCGCCACGCCACCUGGUAGGAGCGACCUGUCAGGUAGGACGCAAUCCAAGAGUGAGCCGCGCCGGAGAUCCCAACUCAGAGAGGGUGGAGAGGAGGAUCUGAAGGACGAGAGCAGAGGAGAGAGAGUUAGCUUUAGCAGUGCGGAGAGCCUCCGUGACACAGAGAAGAGCAGUCUCAGUUGAAUGACCAGUCUUGAAACCUGACUGGUUUGGAUCAAGAAGGUCAUUCUGAGAGAGAUAGCAAGAGAGUUGGCUAAAGACGGCACGCUCAAUAGUUUUGGAGAGAAAAGAAAGAAGGGAUACUGGUCUGUAGUUGUUGACAUCGGAGGGAUCGAGUGUAGGUUUUUUGAGAAGGGGUGCAACUCUCGCUCUCUUGAAGACGGAAGGGACAUAGCCAGCGGUCAAGGAUGAGUUGAUGAGCGAGGUGAGGUAAGGGAGAAGAUCUCCGGAAAUGGUCUGGAGAAGAGAGGAGGGGAUAGGGUCAAGUGGGCAGGUUGUUGGGCGGCCGGCCGUCACAAGUCGCAAGAUUUCAUCUGGAGAGAGAGGGGAGAAAGAAGUCAAAGCAUAGGGUAGGGCAGUGUGAGCAGGACCAGCGGUGUCAUUUGACUUAACAAACGAGGAUCGGAUGUCGUCAACCUUUUCAAAAUGGUUGACGAAGUCAUCCACAGAGAGGGGGGAGGGGGAGGAGGAUUCAGCAGGGAGGAGAAUGUGGCAAAGAGCUUCCUAGGGUUAGAGGCAGAUGCUUGGAAUUUAGAGUGGUAGAAAGUGGCUUUAGCAGCAGAAACAGAGGAAGAAAAUGUAGAGAGGAGGGAGUGAAAAGAUACCAGGUCCACAGGGAGUCUAGUUUUCCUCCAUUUCCGCUCGGCUGCCCGGAGCCCUGUUCUGUGAGCUCGCAAUGAGUCGUCAAGCCACGGAGCAGGAGGGGAGGACCGAGCCGGCCGGGAGGAUAGGGGACAUAGAGAGUCAAAGGAUGCAGAAAGGGAGGAGAGGAGGGUUGAGGAGGCAGAAUCAGGAGAUUGGAGGGAGAAGGAUUGAGCAGAGGGAAGAGAUGAUAGGAUGGAAGAGGAGAGAGUAGCGGGAGAGAGCGAAGGUUGCGACGGCGCAUUACCAUCUGAGUAGGGGCAGAGUGAGUAGUGUUGGAGGAGAGCGAGAGAGAAAAGGAUACAAAGUAGUGGUCGGAGACUUGGAGGGGAGUUGCAGUGAGAUUAGUAGAAGAACAGCAUCUAGUAAAGAUGAGGUCAAGCGUAUUGCCUGCCUUGUGAGUAGGGGGGGACGGUGAGAGGGUGAGGUCAAAAGAGGAGAGGAGUGGAAAGAAGGAGGCAGAGAGAAAUUAGUCAAAGGUAGGGAGGUUAAAGUCACCCAGAACUGUGAGGGGUGAGCCAUCCUCAGGAAAGGAACUUGUCAAGCUCAUUGAUGAACUCUCCAAGGGAACCUGGAUGGCGAUAAAUGAUAAGGAUGUUAAGCUUGAUUGGGCUAGUGACUGUGACAGCAUGGAAUUCAAAUGAGGAGAUAGACAGAUGGGUCAGGGGAGAAAGAGAGAAUGUCCACUUGGGAGAGAUGAGGAUUCCUGUGCCACCACCCCGCUGACCAGAUGCUCUCGGGGUGUGCGAGAACACAUGGUCAGACGAGGAGAGAGCAGUAGGAGUAGCAGUGUUUUCUGCCAUGGCACAUCAUUGGUCAGACGAGGAGAGAGCAGUAGGAGUAGCAGUGUUUUCUGCCAUGGCACAUCAUUGCGCACAUUUUAGGCUACACAUCAUGAAAUAUAUUGAGACAAAUUACAGACAGUAGCCUAACGAUGAACUUAGCCUUAAAGGUCCCAUGCAGUCAUUUUUUUCUCUCAAUAUCAAGUAAUAUCUUCGUAACAGUGAAGUACCUUACUGUGAUUGUUUUCAUUUAAAGUUGUCAAAAAGAAACUAAAAUAGAUUCUUAGCAAAGAGCAAUUUCUCAAGCAAGAAUUUAGCUUUCUGGGAGUGGUCUGAGUGGGGAGGGGAAAACUGAAAACUAGCUGUUAUUGGCAGAGAGGUUUGGAACUCUCUUUCUUAUAGGUCACCAGGCAGGCCAAAACUCCAUCCCACAAAAACAGGCAGAAAUUUCAAGCAAUCUUUUGAAACAGCUAUUACAUUAAAAGGGCAUUAUCAUAAUUUUCACAAUUUCACAGUAUUACUGCAAUCUCAUAGUGUGGAAAUAUAUAUAAAUCACAGGAAAAUCACGUUUCUAACUGCACUGGGCCUUUAAGAUGCUUUUGGGAAAACCGGCCCUGGUAAAAACAAGGUUUUGAAGCAAAGCGUCACUCAGGGUGCUGGGUACUUUUCAAACAAAUCAAGGCAGCAAUAUACACGUGGAAAAUGAUAUUGGUUUGGUUUCAGAUCUGGCGUGUUGAGGAUGGUGAUAAAGUGGCUGUGGAUCCCUCCUCCUACGGCCAGUUCUAUGGAGGAGACUGUUACCUCAUCCUCUACAGCUACAGGCCGGGAGGCAGGGAGCAGCACAUCAUCUACACCUGGUCAGUACAUAUGACAUCAUCCACAACUAUGCUGUAAACAAGACAUAUUUAUUUACACCUAGACAGUUCAAAUGACAUCAUCUACACCUUAUCAUCUACAUGUGCACCUGCCACCUGAUCAGUGCAAAUGACAUCGAAACCCGGUGUGUGUACGUGAUAUAAUUUACAACAAAUCACACCAAGGGGGUAUUUUACCUUACCCCGACCUGUUCUUGAAUAUUCUGAUGUGUUCUCCUAGCCUUAGUUCAUAAAGAAGGAUGUAUCUGAAAUAAUCAUGGCAAAACUGACUCAAUACUUGUAGUAGUACAUAUUCGAUACCUGUAGAAAGGUCUCAAUAAGGUGGGCUUGACGUAUCUGUGUGUGUUUGUGUUUAUUAAUCUGUAUCUGUGUGUGUUUGUGUUUAUUAAUCUGUAUCUGUGUGUGUGUUUGUUUAUUAAUAUGUAUCUGUGUGUGUGUUUGUGUUUAUUAAUCUGUAUCUGUGUGUGUUUGUGUUUAUUAAUCUGUAUCUGUGUGUGUGUUUGUGUUUAUUAAUCUGUAUCUGUGUGUGUGUCAGGCAGGGGCUGAAGUGCACCCAGGAUGAGCUGGCAGCCUCUGCCUUCCUCACAGUGAAGCUGGAUGACUCUAUGGGAGGAGCCCCUGUUCAGGUGGGUCUCUAUCCCCUCCAGCUCAUCCCCGUGCCCCCAAUACUCACAGUCCAAAAGCACCUGAGCAAAAGGUACGACGGUGGGAAAUUCAGACUAAGCACUCUGAAGUUAAUAGGCACUUUAGAAUGGGUUUUCUUCUACAUAAUUAUCAUUGUGUCCAUGUUGGUCCAUUUCCCCCUCUAGGUGCGUGUGACCCAGGGCCAGGAGCCCCCCCACCUGAUGAGCCUGUUCCAGGGUAAGCCCAUGAUGGUCCAUAACGGAGGGACGUCCCGUAAAGGAGGACAGACAGGCACUGGCAGCACCCGCCUCUUCCACAUUCGUCAAUCCUCCACCCGCGCUACAAGAGCUGUAGAGGUGAGUUCUCAGUGUGUGUGUCAAAGUGAGUCCAGUGUAUGUGACUGCUUGAGGAAGAGUAAGUGUCUGACAAUUCUUCUGAGCACCUCUCUGUCUCCUCUCCCUCUCAGGUGGAGCCCUCUGCCUCCUUCCUGAACACCAACGAUGUGUUCGUGCUCAAAUCUCCCACCGCCAUGUUUGUGUGGAGGGGGGUGGGCGCCAGCGAGGAGGAAAUGGCCGCCGCCAAGCACGUGGUGGGUUUCCUGGGUGGCAGUGCCAGUAAUGUGUCAGAGGGCAAGGAGCCAGGUAAGGAUUUCAUCUAGUGUUACAUGUUUAUUGUAUUAAGUGGGCUGGAUCUCAAUAGUGCAACGUGGGGUGCAUUUCAAUAGUAUUAAGUGGGGUGCAUCUCAAUAGUAUGACGUGGGGUGCAUUUCAAUAGUAUUAAGUGGGGUGCAUCUCAAUAGUCCAAUGUGGCUUCCUCUUCUUGUCUUAUCCUUCAUCUACAGCCUGAAAUCACAGGAUAGGGGAAAUCAACUUGGUGGUGGCUUCCUCUCAUGCAUUUGAUUGCCUUUUUUUCAGAUCUGUGUUGAUGAAGGAAAGGUUACAAGGAGAGGAAACAACUUUAGACAAUUGAAAUGUGCCCCUAAAUAAGACAAUAAAGAGAACAUCACACAUCCUAAUAUAUCACAACAAAACACUAUAUAGUUCCAAAGAACCAAUGAGACAAAUCUAUGCUGGUCUUUUCUGUCCUAGCUGGGUUCUGGUCUGCCCUGGGAGGGAAGAAGGAGUACCAGACGUCCAAGAGUCUGCAGAACAUGGUCAAACCUCCACGCCUGUUUGGCUGCUCCAACAAGACCGGAUGCCUCAGCGUAAGUGAUGGAUUGUUGUUGAGUGUGUCUAACGUAACUAACUCUCUUGGAUAGAUAGAUUAAUACUCAAUUCAUCCCCAAUGGGAAAUUCAGUGUCACUCAGGAGGAGAGAAAAAGGCAUAAGUAAUACAAAGUACAAUGCAAAAAUGUGCCCCUGUUCCAAAGUGCUGUAACAUAUUGUAAUCCUCCAAUCAUCAGGUGGAAGAGGUUCCUGGAGACUUCCAACAGACUGACCUAGCCACUGAUGAUGUCAUGUUGUUGGACACCUGGGACCAGGUGAGUAAAGCUCCCCCAUCCAUAUCAUAACUCACAAGCGUGUUCAUCUUCUGCUCUCAAAAAAACUAUGCAGAGUGAAUCUGAAAGUCUAUAAGCUAACAGCAUUUCUGGACUCCCGCCAGAUCUUCCUCUGGAUCGGCAAUGACGCGAAUGCAGAAGAGAGAACUGGAGCACCCAGAAUAGGUACGAGAACACGCAGGGAAACAAACUUUCACAAUGGCCCCUACCCAGGACCCAGACUGGGGCCACAACUGAUUAAGGAGAACAUUAGUUACCUUAGGGCUCUAACUGUAUCUAUAUAAUCAAAUGAGGACCUUAUAUAUAUAUAUAUAUAUUGGUUGUUUUCUCCCUCAGACUCUCACCACUGUAUGCAGUUGAACCAUUGGUUUCAGCUACGGUUUAAGCUCCACUUUCUGUGGCCUUCAGAAAAAUAUUUUCUGGUUCAAACCAUAUACGAGUGCCUUUUGUAACACAAUAUAACCGUACUCUGUUUGUGGUCUCUCAAUAUACAGGAAUAAUGUUCAUGCUCGUUCUCUAUCUCCCUCUCUAGCUAAGGACUAUGUGGACUCAGACCCCUCUGGACGCAGAGGGCUGUCCAUCACCACCAUCAAACAGGGGGCUGAACCCCCAACCUUCACUGGCUGGUUCCAGGCGUGGGACCCCAAAAUGUGGGAAACAGACCCUCUGAAGCUAAUCCAUGCCCGCUUC